AUGGCCCGCAUCUAUCGGAACUCCUACUUCACCAUCUACGCAAGCGUCUCAACAAGUAUGGCCAGUGGCAUUUUCUCAUCCAAGCGUUACGGGAGUCAUCAAAUCAAGAUCAGUGACGCCAAUGGCAAAGAGUCGAUCAUGCGCAUCAGAGAAAGAACGUCACACUUCACACCACCCACAGAUCUGGAGACUAGAGGCUGGACAUUCCAGGAGUAUCUGCUACCUUGUCGAGUUCUAGAAUUCGGGCAUUUUGAUAUCUCUUGGAAGUGCGACCAAACCUACAUCUGCGAAUGUCAGCACAAUACGGGGGCGGCUCACUGGCGCGAGGAGCUAGCUCGACGUGCAUUGCCGCCUAAGAAUGCUGUAAAGGCCGAGGAGUGGUGGGCAGGGAUACUUCGGCAGUACACGAUGAGGCACCUGGCAAAGGAUGAGGAUAAAUUACCUGCUCUCUCCGGGCUUGCACAGCUCUAUCACCAACUGACGCGCGAUGCUUACCUGGUGGGCUUAUGGCAAAAAUCUCUUCCUCAUUGCCUGUUGUGGUUCAACACUGCAAAAGCUGGCACGUAUCCAAUGCAGCUUGGUAUAAGUCAAAGACCAUUAACAGCCCGUGCUCCCUCCUGGUCCUGGGCCUCGCUUGAUAUCGUUAACGACGCCCAGUGCCGCUUCUGGUGGCCACGAGUAUCGCUUUCUACAAAUCCUAUCAUGUACGGAGACGGCGCUUCACCGCGGCCGGUAUGCACCGUAUACGAAGCUCUUUGUCAGCCGAUAACGGAUGAUCCGUUUGGUGAGGUGAAAGGGGGCUUCGUUGACCUCGGUGUAAUGCUCAUUUCGGCGAGGGUCGGCACCAAGCCUCAAGGGGAUGACAGCUUUAGCACGGCUGGCGAUAUAGCUUGGACACUGGAUUAUGUCGAAGACGGCACAGAUGUUCACAUAUGUCUAGCUGACUGCAGCUUGGAUGAUGACGGUCUGCAAAUUGGAGACAAAGUGUUCUGCGCGCCAAUUGUGGAAACACUUUCAGAAUCAGAAUCAGAUAGGGGCUGUUUGGUGCUCAAGCGCAUGCUAGAAGGACCAGAAUUCAGACGCAUAGGCUUUGCCGUCUUGCGCAAGCAGAAUCCAAGCUGGGAUCGGGCGAAUGGUCCGCUUAGAAUGCACAGGGGAUGGGGAUACAAAGAGCCGGAUCUAACGACUCCAGAAUAUGCCGAGAAGGUUCAGAAUUAUGCCCUGCCGUACAACUCAAAUGUACUGUGCCGUAUUAGAAUCGUUUGA